CGCCACAACGGAAGCUCUCGGACGGGGGCAGAACUACCUGAAAGUGUAGAUCUGCCGGCAGCCCGAAGUUGGUCAACCCCGUUACUUCGGUCUGUAUCGUUGGGGGAAAAUUACCAGCGCUUUUCGUUCCCGUCUCCCCCUUCUUCCCGCCCUGCCCCAGAGAAAACGGGCUCCCGACCGUGACCAAUACCGGCGGUAUUACUGUACCAGCCUGGCAAUAAUCCGAGAAAAAAAAAGACCAGAAAAUUCCCAGGGAGCUCCUCGGGACUGAUUUCUUCCUCUUUCCUUUCUUUCCCCCGUAUUUCCUUUCUUCCUCUUCUUUCCCACUCUUCCCCUUCUUUUCAUCUCUUUCCCUCCCCAUAUCCUUGAUUCUUUUUUUGGAUAUUCACAUUUCGUCAUGGCAUCCUCUCUUCGGAUCGGUACUUCCGCUCUGCGGUCUUCUAUCGCGAAGCCCGUUCAGACUGCUGCUCUGAACGGCGCUCGCUGCUACUCCUCCGCCAAGGUUAAGUCCCUGAAGGAGACUUUCGCCGACGGCCUGCCCGCCGAGAUCGAGAAGGUCAAGAAGCUCCGCAAGGAGUUCGGUAGCAAGGUCAUUGGCGAGGUUACCCUCGACCAGGCCUACGGUGGUGCCCGUGGCAUCAAGUCCCUUGUUUGGGAGGGCUCCGUCCUCGACUCUGAGGAGGGCAUCCGUUUCCGUGGCCACACCAUCCCCGACCUCCAGAAGCUCCUCCCCAAGGCUCCUGGUGGUGAGGAGCCCCUCCCCGAGGGUCUCUUCUGGCUCCUCCUGACUGGCGAGAUCCCCUCCGAGGCUCAGGUCCGCGCCCUCUCUGCUGAGUGGGCUGCCCGCUCCGAUGUCCCCGCCUUCGUCGAGGAGCUCAUCGACCGCUGCCCCAGCACCCUCCACCCCAUGGCUCAGUUCUCUCUCGCCGUGACCGCUCUCGAGCACGAGUCCUCCUUCUCCAAGGCCUACGCCAAGGGUAUCAACAAGAAGGAGUACUGGCAGUACACUUUCGAGGACUCGAUGGACCUGAUUGCCAAGCUCCCCACCAUCGCUGCCAAGAUCUACCGCAACGUCUUCAAGGAUGGCAAGGUUGCCGCUAUCCAGAAGGACAAGGAUUACUCCUUCAACUUGGCCAACCUGCUCGGAUUCGGCGAGAACAAGGACUUUGUUGAGCUGAUGCGUCUGUACCUGACCAUCCACUCCGACCACGAGGGUGGUAACGUCUCUGCCCACACCACUCACCUGGUCGGCUCCGCCCUGAGCUCCCCCAUGCUCUCCCUCUCUGCCGGUCUCCAGGGUCUGGCCGGUCCCCUCCACGGUCUCGCCAACCAGGAGGUUCUGCUCUGGCUCACCGAGAUGAAGAAGGCCGUCGGCAACGACCUCAGCGACCAGUCCAUCAAGGACUACCUCUGGUCCACCCUGAACGCCGGCCGUGUCGUCCCCGGUUACGGCCACGCCGUUCUCCGCAAGACCGACCCCCGUUACAUGUCCCAGCGCGAGUUUGCUCUCCGCAAGCUGCCCGAUGACCCCAUGUUCAAGCUGGUCAGCCAGGUCUACAAGAUCGCCCCCGGUGUCCUGACCGAGCACGGCAAGACCAAGAACCCCUACCCCAACGUCGAUGCCCACUCUGGUGUUCUCCUCCAGUACUACGGCCUGACCGAGGCUAACUACUACACCGUCCUGUUCGGUGUCUCUCGUGCUCUGGGUGUCCUGCCCCAGCUGAUCAUUGACCGUGCCCUUGGCAUGCCCAUUGAGCGCCCCAAGUCGUUCAGCACCGAGGCCUACGCCAAGCUGGUUGGUGCUAAGCUGUAAAAGUGGAGAAAAGAGAGGGGGAGAAGCCAACAAGGCUAACCCUUUUUUUUCUUCUUCCCCAUUUUUAUCACUUAUUUUGAUGGGUUGAUCUUUUGGGGACCUUGACUUUGUUGUUUUCUUUAUUCUGAAAUUUUCGGGAAAUCGAGGGAAGGGACCCUAUGUAUUAUUUCUUUUGUCUUGGUGAUUUUAAUUCUUCAUGUUGUAUGAUAGGACUUGAUCGGUUCGAGCGGGCCUUGGAACAGCACUUCCUCCUAAACAAUAAAAAUAAAAACAUGGAAUUUGGUCACGCAGAAUUAUCCAACAGAUCCUUCGAUCUUCAUUUCUAUCAAAGACAAAACCCUGACUUGUCAAGGGGUAUUGUAUUGUUGGGUGUGAACGAGAGCACUCGAGCCCGCAGAUGCACGAUAGCGGAGGCCUGGAUCGUCAUGUACAACCGCAUUGAUAGUCCGGAAACAUGUAGUCAGUCAGUCACUCUGAUUGGAAGCAUGCAUUCCACCCAGAUGUGGUUCUCUGUUGAUCAGAUAGAUUAUCAGAUAGACAAUAAUUAAAGCCAAUGGCAAGUGUUUGGUCUGACGGCUACUGUGGUAGAAUCGAGCACACAUGAAUUGUUGGGGGGAACCACUGGUUGAUGGGGGGGGCACUUUGGGACGGUCUCUCACGUUUCUCAACCGUCUCUCUCAC